AUGAUGGAAAAUGAAGUGUUUGCAUCGUUUACUUUCUACAGCACGAUCUUGAUUAUAAAAAUGUAUGUUCUGGCCAUCAUUACAGGACAAGUGAGGCUCAGAAAGAAGGCUUUCGCCAAUCCAGAGGACGCCCUGAGGAACGGAGGGCUGCAGUACUGUCGAGAGGACCCAGACGUGGAGCGAUGCCGCAGGGCCCAUCGCAAUGACAUGGAGAACAUUUUCCCCUUCCUCUUCCUUGGGGCCAUCUACUCCCUGCUGGACCCCAAUCCCACUGUGGCAAGGAUCCACUUCCUGAUCUUCUGCGUGGGGCGGAUAGUUCACACCGUGGCAUACCUCCUGCAGCUGAAAGCUCCCACACGCUCGGUGGCCUACAGCGUGGCACAGCUGCCCUGCUUCUCCAUGGCGCUGCAGAUUCUCUUCGCGGUCAUCACACACUGGUAA